AUGGCCUCCCAGGACAGCACCGACAAAGUCCCCAAUUUCCUCGAAGCUAUGGCCUUAAUCUACGGACCCCUGCCCUCCUCAACAGACCCACACCUCGAUGCCUGGACUCCUCCUCCCGCAGCAGAAGGCCACCGCGGCCGCUACCUCUGGACCGACGGCUUCGCGGUGGUGAACUUUCUGACGCUCUACAAUCUUACCCACGAAACCCCCUAUCUCACAUUCGCCCGCAAUCUGAUCACCGCGGUGCACAACAUCCUCGGGUAUACUCGAGACGGAACUUCACGUCUCCCCGGGGCCACCGACGACGCACCCCUCAAAGGCGGACUGCGGAUCGGCAAGCACGACGAAUCCGGUCCGGACGGCGAUGGGCAGUAUUUUCACUACUUGACUGUGUGGAUGUUCGCGCUGAACCGGUUCACCUUCGUCACGGGCGAGAAGUGGUAUAAUGAGCAAGCCAUUUCCAUGGCAGCAGCGGUUUUGCCAAAAUUCAUGACGAACCGCGACGCAGCACGGCCGCGCAUGUUCUGGAAGUUGAGCACUGAUCUCUCUAGCCGGUUGGUCUUGUCGGAAGGAAACCUCGAUCCCAUCGAUGGCUAUGUCACAUACAAGCUCCUUCAGGCCACACAUAGUGCGGAGUCGGAAGUCUUGAAAGAGGAGAUUGCGCUGCUGAAGAAAAUCGUGGAUACGAAAGUCGACAGCUACGACUCAACGGACACACUCGAUCUGGGCAUGACAUUGUGGACUGCGCAUUGGCUCGUUCCUGAAGAAGAAUGGGCAGUGCAGCUUAGUCGUCGAGCGCUCGCGUGUUUGAAACGUCUUACCGAGAGCAGACAUUUCGAAGGCUCGACAAAGCGACGGCUCGCGUUCCGGGAGUUUGGGACCGCUUUAGGAGUCAGGUCUGUAGUCAGGGGAAAGAGCGAUGGCGGUGGACUGUGCCGCGAGGAUGAGCUUGUUGAUGCCGAGAUAAGAAAUCUGCCGGAUCAGAUUUGCAGACAGUGGGAGGACGCUGGUUUGGUACCGACGCCGACCGAGCAGAUGCAGGGACGUAUGGCGGAGCUGAUGCCUAUAACAGCGGUGAUGUACGCGAGCGCUUUGAUACCGGGUUUGAUGGUCCGACAGUCGUGA